UUUGGCCUGAGCUCGUUUGCGUGUAUUUUCUAAAUGAAUAUAGUUAAGUUAGAGUUUAUCUCACAAAAAGUAAUGUCUAGUCUAAAAACACAUUUCACAUUGCUAUAGCUCCACGUUAGUGUUGCCUGUCCGAAUGUUCGCAGGGUAUAAUGAUUCAGAGUCUUGUGUGAGUCGCAUUCAAGAAACUAGUUUAGCACUGCUUGGUUUAGUGCGUUCGAACGUUGCCUAAUUUGCUCAUGUUUUGCUAAGUUUUUUUUUUUUUUUUUUUUUUUGCUUUGAUAUGCGUGUGGCAAAGAGGAAUAGGCAAGUCUGCUCAAAUAAUGGCGGAAGUAGGCAGGUAAAGCGACGCAGGUGAAAGGUUGGUGUGUGUAAUGUAGCUCGUUACGCUGUCCCGGAAGAUUACCUCUCAACAACGAGUGUUUCCGGAAGACGUGGCUGUUAAUGGUUAUACCUUGAUUGAGCAUCAAGAUGAUUUCGCUAACAGACUCACAAAAGAUUGGAAUGGGAUUAACAGGUUUUGGCGUGUUUUUCCUCUUCUUUGGGAUGAUCCUGUUUUUUGACAAAGCACUUUUGGCCAUUGGAAAUAUCUUGUUUGUCACUGGCCUCGCUUUCGUCAUCGGGCUGGAGAGGACGUUCCGCUUCUUCUUUCAGAAGCACAAGUUGAAGGCCACCGGUUUCUUCCUGGGAGGAGUGCUUGUAGUACUUAUUGGCUGGCCUAUUGUUGGAGUCGUGCUGGAGAUCUAUGGAUUUUUCCUCUUGUUCAGGGGCUUCUUCCCAGUUGUUGUAGGCUUCAUCAGAAGAAUACCAGUUCUUGGCUCCAUCCUAAACCUGCCCUUCAUCAGUACUUACGUGGACAAUGCGAGUGAGGGCAACACGAUGGUAUAACUAAGACUUUUUGUACCCCAUACAACCCCAGAAGGUUUUAUAACACAGUCCCUUCUGUUCCUGAAUAAAGCGGCUGUAGUUAAAUGUUUCGAUUUAUCUGUCUAGCAGACAAAGACUGCCUCCCUUUUGUAAUAUCGCCGGGCUAUACCACCACUCUGUGGCUCCUUAGCUCUGCAUCACUCACGUGUCUUCGAAAGAUGGAUUCAUUAAAGACACUACAAUAUUAUCAUAAAUCCUAUUGAUUCCUCUGCCAACUGUUCACUGACUUGUUUAAGAAUGUUGGAGGUAGACCUUGUUAGCCUUAUUGAUCAUCAAACGUUAUACCAGAUGCCUCGAGGAGUGGGUCCUCAGCUUGCCAAAUUUGAUUUCUGUGCCACAGUUUUUCCCUCAUAUGGAUAAGUCUUUUUUUCUUAUUGCAGUAAUUCUAUCACAAUGUCAUUGUUUCUUCCUUUAAACUGUCAUUUGUUUUAUGUCAUGGUUAACUGAUACUGCUUGAGUAUAAAUUAUUUAAAAAAAAAUGAGUGUUCCACUUUAUUUCAUACUUAUGUAUUAUUUUUGUUCCCAAACUAGUAAUAAAUUGGGUUUUUCCAGG